AUGUCUCCCCACGUCAUUGCCCUGACACUCUACGUUUUUAUUGCAGCCGACGGCGUGGCGUCGCAGGGCUGCAAUGCGACGAUGGCGGAGACGUGCGUGGUCGAGAUGGAACUCGUCCUCAACCAGGUGAUAGAGUCGGCGACGGCCAACAAUCGCGGACAGACGCUGGAAAACCUCUGUCUAAACACGAUCAAGGGGAACAACUUAACGCAGUGCUAUAUUGACGCGACAGCGGGCUGUGGACAAGAUGGGACCAACCCGCCCACACGAACCUUGCAGCGCUGGGAACGAGUCAUGCAAGACAUCUACAAACUCUGUGAUGGCGCAUGUCCCAGUUUCCUGGAACGAACUAUCAACAUCACACAAUGCACCAGCCUAAUUCGAUUUGACGCUCUAUAUGAUUCCUCUUUUGGCAACUUCUGCACUUCUCUGAACGAAAGUCUGGAAUGUGCAUCUCUGGUGACAAGCGACUGCCCUAUGUUUGGAAGACUUUUCUAUGAUCUACUACCCCAGGGCGUAGACACGACAGCCAACACGAUAUGCACUAAAGGAUGUGAAAAUUUUGAUGAAGCGAUGUCGAUCCUAGACACAUGUAAACAACACGUGAUGAAUCUGCCAGAAGACUUGGAUACAGCUUGCAAAUCCUAUCUCCAAUUCAAACUGUGCCUGGCUUCAUCCAACGUGCCCGUUACCUGUCCGAUGUUCGAAGCACUCCUCAAAGUGUUAUAUCCCCAGCAUAUCUUUGGUCUCUACGAACAACAGUGUAACAGAACAGACUCACCACUGGAAGGCAAAUGUGGAUCUAAGGGUCAAGCUCGAAUCCAGCACUGUGUCCGCGUUUUAGCCCUUGCCUGGCCAAUGACAGUCGUGAAUCCAGAUAUUUCAACCCAGCAAUGCAGGGAUUACGAAAUAGGACUCAGAUGUCUUGACAACGCAGGUUUCCACAAAUGCAGUAAACUACGUGGUUAUUUCCGGAACUUGACGGUAAAUCGCCGGGAGCACAUGGACAUUUUACAAGAUCACUGCGCAGAGUACCUCACGCAACAGAGACAGAGAAACAACGAAUCUGCAGAAUCUUCGGCUCAAGGACUCAUCAUGUCCACAGUUCUGAUGGCCUGGGCAGUGUUUACGAUCCUCACAAGCGUCAAGCAGAUCUCCACUCGUUGUUUGUGA